AGAUUUCCAGUUCAUAUUAAUUUUUCAAUCACCCAUCUAUGUUUCCAACGGCCAUCAAAUUUUAUGUCGAGUUGUGAGCAGAAAAGAACCUUCAUCUGAUCAAGCAUUGAUUUGAACAGAUAACAAAAUCAGCACUUCAAACUCAUAUUUUUCCAUCCACUGUUGUAUGCACUUCUAAUCAAGUACCUACUAAGGUAUAAACAGACAAAAAACUAGAGUCAACCGAGGCUCCUAUUGUAUUUGUCAACAUGGGGCUAACAACUGUACAACUGGCGGUGGUGCUAGCAUUAGCCACAUCAUGCCACGCCCAGAAAAACAACAAUUUUGCCCCUGGGAGAAACUCCAUCGUGCAGAUGUUUGAAUGGUCAUGGGAUGAUAUUGCAAAUGAAUGUGAGCAGUUUUUGGGACCCAAAGGAUUUGCAGGAGUCCAGAUAUCUCCUCCUUCUGAAAACAUUAUCGAUGGUGAUGAAAGAAGAUGGCAGGAAAGAUAUCAACCAAUCAGCUACAGUCUCAAUACCAGAUCUGGAGAUGAAGGCGCCCUUAAGGAUAUGAUAAGAAGAUGCAACAAUGCGGGAGUAAGGAUAUAUCCUGACCUUGUGAUCAACCAUAUGGCUGCAGUGCAAGGAUCUGGAACGGAUGGAAACAGCUGCGAUCCAGGAUCCAGAUCUUAUCCAGCGGUUCCAUAUGGCUCACUUGAUUUCCACGCGUCAUGUGCUAUAGAAAACUACGAUGAUCCUAAAGAGAGCAGGAACUGCGAACUUCUCGAUCUACCAGACUUAGAUCAGAGUAAGCAACACGUCCGUGACAAGAUAGUCAAGUAUAUGAAUCACUUGAUAGGCUUGGGAGUCGCAGGAUUUAGAGUUGGCGCAGCAAAACAUAUGUGGCCCGCUGAUUUGGACGCCAUUUUCGGCAGUGUGAACAAUCUCAACACGUAUUUUUUCCCUGCAAAGUCAAGGCCUUUCAUUUACCAAGAAGUAAUUGAUUUCGGUGGCGGCAAUAUUACAAGAGAAGAGUACCUCGGAUUUGGCAAUGUUUUGGAAUUUAAGCACGGUGUCGAACUUACCAAGUUAUUCACGGGCAACAACCGACUAGCGAACCUCAGAAACUGGGGACCUAAAUAUGGUUUAAUGCCGGCACAUGAUUCUGUAGUUUUCAUUGAGAACCACGACACGCAGAGAAGCGGUAUAGGAGGCAUCGAAAUCCUUACUUACAAGCAGCCCAAGGAAUACAAAAUGGCAACCGCUUUCAUGUUAGCGCACCCGCAUGGGGAAACGACUCGUCUAUUCUCUGGUUACAGCUUCGAUAGCGAUCAGCAAGGGCCACCAGGCAAUGGAUGGGUUAAUGAGCACAGAUGGAGCCAGAUUUACAACAUGGUUGAAUUCAGGAACGUUGUAGCAGGUACUAAAUUAACUAACUGGUGGACCGACGGCAACCAGCAGAUAGCGUUCAGUCGAGGCAACAAGGGCUUCGUCGCAUUCACGGUUGCCGGAGACAUCAAUGCAGACAUACGGACCUCACUUCCGGCGGGGACCUACUGCGAUCUCUUUACCGGCAUUAAAUUGAAAAAUUUCUGUACUGGAAAGGUCGUCAAAGUCGAUAGAAGCGGUAAAGCGCGCGUUAAGGUCAAUGCCAAGCUUGAUGGGGCUCUCGCUAUUCAUGUAAAAGCUAGACUGUAGUCAAAGUUAUGAAUCCUGUAAUAUACGUGUGACUUGAACAAAUAUUUUUAUGUGUA